AAAAUUCCCGUGCCAUCCAAGUAUUUUUGAAUUUUGACUGAUAAAAACCAGUACCCAAACAGCCCCUAAGGCCACCCCUAUAUAAUCAAACGUUCAUCAUUUCUGCCUUCAUCUACACACAAGCUGAUAAUCAAAAACCGCAUACAAAUCUCAGAUUUUUUUUCCGAUCAAGUGUUUGAAAAGAUGGCAGGAAUUUCUCAGGACUGGGAGCCGGUGGUGAUCCGCAAGAAGGCGCCGACGGCCGCCGCUCGAAAAGACGAGAAAGCUGUCAACGCCGCCCGCCGCGCCGGAGCUGAGAUCGAAACCAUUAGGAAGUCUAAUGCCGGGACAAAUAAGCCUGCUUCAAGCGGAACGACAUUGAACACCAGAAAGCUUGAUGAAGACACCGAAAAUCUUGCUCACGAGAAGGUUCCAACGGAGUUGAAAAAGGCAAUCAUGCAAGCUCGAAUGGACAAGAAACUGACACAAUCUCAGCUCGCCCAGAUCAUAAACGAGAAGCCGCAAAUAAUCCAGGAGUACGAAUCUGGAAAAGCAAUCCCGAACCAACAGAUCAUUUCGAAACUGGAGAGAGCCCUUGGUACGAAACUGCGUGGGAAGAAAUAAUAAGGGAAGGAAGAGAGAAUAGAUCUUCGGUAGUGUAAAUGAAACCGUAAUCUUCUGUCUGUGUUCUCUUCUUUUGGCCAUUGUAUGUAUGUUUUGCUCAAAUGUGGGAAACUUGCAAGAAAAGACAGACUUAUGCUAAGUGGUGAUUAAUUGCUGCUACUGAAAAUAUUAACCUUUGUUUCUUUUUCGACAAA